AGCAUGUGUGGAACCACAGGUCCAUUUGACUUCCGGUUCCGUGUUACAUGCGAAUCUGGACAGAGUGUUCUUCCCUAUUAGAUCGAAGAAGCUAGAGAAUUAGCCUGAGAACUUGAGAAAGAACAUUUAAGCCUGAGGCAAGGAGCAAGCCCUCUUCUCUAGAAAGUAUACAACAAACUAAUCUGUAUCUGACAAAUUUCCACAGAUUAGUUUACUUCCAGGUUUUCUGGUCUCUGAGAUUUCUCUUUUAUACCUAACAAUAUUUUUAUUCAGAAGUGGGGACAGACAGGCAAUUUGGAUACAUGGGUGUGUGUGACUGCGAGGAGCCAAGUUGGGAGUUGCAUAACUUUGUGACAAUUAUCCUGUGGUCACAGGAACUUUAUGACAAUUAACUUGUGGUCACAUGACACAGUUGUGGUCACAAUGACCCAACAUGAACACAGUGGGAGUUGGUGGUGUUCUAGCUACUUUGAGGAGGAAGCCUUUGAGCUUGAGAAAGGUUGCUGUAUUGUACCAUAGAGCACAAUCCUUAUUUUUCUAAAAAAAAAAAAAAAAAAAAAGAUUGUGGAAAGAGGUGCCUUCUACCAUUUGCAAAUAUCAUCAGCAACAGUAGCUGAAGAGCUGCUAUGUUAUAGCAUAAAAUAAUAUAAGCUGUGGGGCAGCCAGACUUGAUAACAGAAAGAAUAUAAAUUUCCGCACUGCCAAUUCGUCCUUCAUCUGAUUUAAAUCCUAUAUGAAAGAAAAGAGAGAAAAAGAAAAAAGAGAAGAAAAGAGGGAGGGAAAUCUAAAAGCUAUUCGGAAACUUUCAAAAUCCUAAAUCUAAUGAAUCUGAUGAAAAAAGCUGUUAAGGACACAGCUUAGGUUGCAGAUGGCAGGACUUCUUCGAUGGGCCAGAUCUCGCUGGCGGCGCUUGUUAGUUGCAAGAGGCAGAGUUGAUGACAGUACCAAGAAUGGUGAUGAGUUUUCUAAGCUAUCCAAGACAACCAGCAAGCACAGGAUUGUUAUACCGUGCAUGGGGAAAUUUAAAGAAGAAUAUGGGAAAGUAUCAAAAUAUUAUAGGAAUAACAGAAUACGGACUACAAAGUACAAUAUAUUCAACUUCAUACCAAAGAACUUAUUUGAACAGUUUCACAGAGCUGCCAAUGUGUAUUUCUUGUUUAUAGCCAUCUUGAACUGGAUCCCAGUGGUAGAAGCCUUCAGGAAAGAAAUCACAAUGUUGCCUCUUGUGGUUGUUCUAACAGUUAUUGCUGUGAAAGACGGCAUAGAAGAUUUUACAAGAUACAAAAUGGACAAAAUGAUAAACAACUUAGUAACUCAGGUGUACUCUGAAAAAGAAAAGGCAUAUGUAGAAAAGUUCUGGAAAGAGGUUAAUGUUGGUGAUUUUAUCCGCCUAUCAUGUAAUGAGGAAAUUCCCGCUGACAUGGUGCUCUUAUAUUCGACUGAUGAAAAUGGGAUCUGUCACAUUGAAACAUCGAGCCUUGAUGGAGAGACUAAUCUAAAAGAAAGGCAGGUGGUGAGAGGCUUUGCAGAGCAGGACACUGAAAUUGAUCCAGAAACUUUCUCAAGUAAAAUAGAAUGUGAGACCCCUAACAAUAAUCUCAAUUGCUUCCGGGGCUUUCUUGAGCAUUCUAAUAAGGAACGACUGGGCCUGAGUAAGGACAACUUGCUGAUGCGAGGAUGCACUGUCAGGAAUACAGAAACUGUUGUUGGCAUAGUGGUGUAUGCAGGUCAUGAAACCAAAUCAAUGCUGAACACCACAGGGUGUCGUUACAAACGAAGUAAACUAGAGAAGAGGCUUAACGGCGAUGUCAUCUGGUGUGUUGUGCUUCUGGUUGUGAUGUGUUUGGUAGCAGCUGUGGGUCAUUGGUUUUGGUUGUAUGAGCAUCCAGAUGCCAUCUAUGAUAUCCCUGAAAGCAGUGGAACACAGAUGUCUCCAUUAUUGGGUGCAUUUUAUAAGUUUUGGUCAGCAGUAAUUUUAUUGCAGGUCUUGAUCCCCAUUUCUCUUUAUGCUUCCAUUGAAUUGGUCAAAUUGGGACAAGUCUAUUUUAUCCAGAAUGACAUUGAUUUGUACAGUGAAAAGAGAGAUUCCAGGAUUCAUUGUGGCUCACUGAAUAUUGCUGAAGACCUUGGACAGAUUGAGUACAUUUUCUCCGAUAAGACUGGAACACUCACUGAGAACAAAAUGGUUUUCCGGAGAUGCAGCAUUUCAGGGCAGGAAUAUGGCCACGAAGAGAAUGCUAAGAGGCUAGAAGCAUAUCAAGAAGCUGACUCAGAGGAUGAGGAAGAACUUCUUUCUGUAUAUCCCUCUCUGAGGCAUCUGUCAAGAAUGAGGUUGUCCAGCAUGAGAAUUGAGAGUUCUCAACGAAGUAUGAAGUCUUUGCACCGCCCGUCAUUGCGCCGCAUAUCUUCAUGCCGCACAUGUGUGAACUGUUCCUCUUUAAGCCGCAUUUAUCGCACUGGCAGCACCUCAAUGCAGGUGGCCUUCAGUAGCCCCAUUGAGACUGAUGUUGUGCCAGACAUGCGACUUGUGAAGAUAUUUAAUCAGAUCUCUUGCGAAUCCUACGUGCAAUCUAAUAUGGGAGAGCUAAUCCCCGAGCCAGUGUACGUUACGGAAUUCCUCAUUGCUCUAGCCAUUUGCAACACUGUCGUCGUCUCCACACCUAAUGUUUCAUCAUCUGCAAAGAGGCCUUCAAUACCCAGAAUACGUCUUAUGCACCUGGAUGAAAUUAGGAAUGUCUUUCAGAGGUUAACAGCCUGGAAAGCAAGCCCCAAGCCUUCUCAACAAGCCCCACAAGAAGCACAGAUUGUGGUCCCCAAGGAUUUUUCAAAAAAGCUGUCAGUGUUCAAAGUACGGUUUCGGUCAGCUUCUGAGCAAACCAGUCAGGCCUCUGAUGCCUCAUCAAGCCACAGUAUAGCUGAGACUAGAGUGCUCCUGAAUCUACCAGCUGAGGAUCUAUCUUCUGACGAUCAGCGUUCAUCUGCUAAGAGUGUUCAUUUAUCACCAGAGAAUGAUGAUGAAUUGCUCCUUGAAUCUUCUCUUGAACAUGAGCUGUGUUAUGAGGCGGAGAGUCCUGAUGAAGCGGCACUAGUUUAUGCUGCCAGAGCUUACAAAUGCACUUUACAGGCUAGGAAUCCUGAUCAGGUGACAGUAGACUUGGGCGUGCUGGGAACGUUAACAUUUCAGCUGUUGCACAUCUUGCCUUUUGACUCUGUCCGGAAACGAAUGUCAGUCGUAACUAAGCAUCCAGUUUUAAACCAAAUCAUGGUGUACACAAAAGGGGCCGACUCCGUCAUCAUGGAUUUGUUGCAGAAUGAAUCGACAGGUAAUAUAAACUUGGAUAUACAAAAGAAGAAAAUUAAAGAAAGAACUCAGAAACACUUAGAUGAUUAUGCCAGAGCAGGAUUGCGCACUCUCUGCAUAGCUAUGAAGAUGAUGACCAAUGAAGAAUACCAGGAAUGGUUACAAGGACAUAUUUUAGCAGAAAAAAGCAUAGACCGUAGGGAAGAGUUGCUCCUAGAAUCUGCCAUUAAGCUUGAGAAGAAUUUAACUUUGCUUGGUGCCACUGGGAUUGAAGAUCGCUUGCAAGAGGGUGUUCCAGAAACCAUAGAGAAACUGCGGAAGGCAGGAAUUAACAUCUGGAUGCUGACGGGUGAUAAAAAUGAGACCGCUGUCAAUAUAGCAUAUGCCUGUAAACUGCUAGACCCAAGUGACAAAAUCUUCACCCUCAAGGCUGAUAGUCAGGAUGCCUGCAAACAGCGGAUGGACAGCAUUUUAGAAGACAUCAAGAUGCGUAUUCAUUACAAUAUAAGGCAUAAGAGAAGCAUUUUUAUGAGCCCUUCACCUUCAGUAGCUCCUGCUCCCCAUUUCAGUGCUGGCCUAAUUGUAGAUGGACCAACGUUAGCCUUUGCCCUUCAUGAAAGCUUGCAGAGCAAAUUUGUGGAGCUCACAGCCUGUAUGCGGGCUGUUAUUUGCUGCAGAGCAACACCUCUACAGAAGAGUGAAGUGGUGAAACUGGUGAGAAAGAAGCUGAAGGUGAUGACACUGGCUAUAGGUGACGGUGCCAAUGACGUCAGUAUGAUUCAAGUUGCCAAUAUUGGAAUUGGAAUAGCUGGCCAAGAAGGCAUGCAGGCUGCGUUGGCAGGCGAUUUUGCGGUUUCUCAGUUCAGACAUCUUAGCAAGCUGCUGUUUGUUCAUGGUCACUGGUGUUACACCCGACUGGCCAGCAUGACCCUUUACUUUUUCUACAAAAAUUUGGCAUAUGUAAACCUCCUAUUCUGGUACCAGUUUUUCUGUGGGUUUUCGGGAACACCCAUGACGGACUACUGGAGUUUGAUUUUAUUCAACCUUCUCUUUACAUCACUACCACCUAUUAUAUUUGGUAUUUUGGACAAAGACAUCUCUGCAGAAGUCCUUAUGGAGCUUCCAGAACUUUACAAGACGAGUCAGAGAUCUGAGCCAUAUGUGACUUCAACUUUCUGGAUGAAUAUAAUAGAUGCUUUUUACCAAAGCUUGGUUUGCUUUUUUAUCCCUUACUUGACCUACCGUGGCUCUGAUAUAGACCUCUAUUCCUUUGGGACCCCUAUGAACACUUCCAUCUUCUUUAUAAUAUUGCUACACCUUGUGAUUGAAAGUAACUCUUUAACUUGGCUGCACUUUGCUGUUUUGGCAGGUAGCAUAUUAAUGUUCUUUGGCAUUACCCUGGGUUUUGGAGCUACUUGCAUCCUCUGCAAUCCACCAGCCAAUCCAUACUGGAUUUUACAGAGACACUUGAGUGAUCCAAUGUUCUAUCUUGUUUGCAUUAUCACAGUUAUGGUGGCACUUUUCCCCAGGUACAUGUUCAGGUUGAUCCACAACACAGUGUUUCCAACUCCACUGAUGAGAGCCAAGCUCCUUAAAGAAGGGUUCUUUCAGGAGCAGAAGCUGCACAAUUCAGCUGUACCCUCAGUGUGAGAGAGAGAUGAUAAUCAGAGGACAAAAUACGAGUUCUGGGUCUGCCAAUUCUGCUGAUUCAGCAAACGAAGCAAUAUGAAGAUAUGGGGUUUGUUGCUGUUAGUGUAACGUUUGGCCCCACUGUGUAAUCAUUUUGGAGAUGACAACUACCAGGAAUGCCCAUUCAGAUCUGACAUCCAGGACAUCUGGUAACAGUGGCAGGCUGAAUUGUGAAGACACUGGAAAUUUUAAACUCCUCAAAGUGAUUCUAUUCUAUCACAUAUGGAGCUAGUCAUUCUUAAGAUGGAGGCUUGGAAUUUACUUCUGAAACACAUGGAUUUUUUUAUGGGAUGAAUUCUGCCUUGGGCAAAUGGGAGCAUUUUGCAGAAUUAGCCCAAAAUGGAGUAUUACUUGGUUUCUAACAUCCAGAACAAGAGGGUAGUAUGUGAAAUUUGCUUUCUCAUGACUUUUCCUUUUUCUUAUGAUUUACCACUACACCUGCUUUUUAAAAAUAAUAAUAAUUUAUUCAGGAUACAAACAGGUAUUGUGCAUUUCUACACUGCCAAAAAUAUUCUAGUAUAACUAGUAUAAACUAUCUCAGUCCUCUGUCCUUUGCCCCACAAUGGAGAAAUCAUAUGAAAAUUAACUUAAUAUGAACCUCAUCAACAUGAACAGAUAUUAUUCAAGCCCAACCAGUAAGAGAGGUUUAGGGCUUGCUGAAACUUGACUUUAAUAUUUGUAGUAGUAGUAAUUGUAGUAGUAGUAAUGGUAGUUUAAUCUUGUUAGUAUUGUGAUGCUCAGUUCUGAGGAAGUGUUAGGGCAGCGCUCUCAGCAUUUUCUCCUGAAAAGUGCUGUGCAAGACUUUUAGCUUAAUCACAUUCAUAAGACAAAAUAUUGUACUUUGGAACCUUUUCUCUGGAGAAUAAAUCAACGGAGGACAUUUUUAAUGUCAAUAUGCAUUUUGUAAAUAUGAUGAUUAUGUAAAUAUUAAAAGCUCUCAUAGUAAAUAUUUCUGUUAGUGUUAAAUUUUCUCCUAUUAAAAAUAGAUACCUGUAC